AUGCCACCACUUUUUCAUAAUCACCCCUUAUCACACCAUGAGGCUGUACAUAAAGGUGAGGUUAGCAGUGUUCAACCCCUAAUCCCUGUCUGUGGGGAUAAUGUCCCCGUUUGGGAUGAAGAAAUACAGGCCAUGAAACUCCAACUACAGGGGGUCAUACAGAACAUACAGCAUAAGCCGUCCUCCAUUGUCAAUUCUCCUUUUGCCACCUCUAUCCGGGAUAAAGCUCAUCCCUCCAAGUUCAAGAUGUCAUCGAUCAACACCUUCGAUGGUAUUACUGAUCAUGUCGACCACAUGGAAGCGUAUCAGACACUUAUGAUCUUACACGCCUUUCCGAACGAAAUCAUGUGUUGCACCUUCUCCGUCACGUUAAAAGGGUCGGCGCGCCUUUGGUUUAGUCAGCUCCCUCCGAAUUCAGUUACUUCAUUUCGCCAGCUCAGCGAAUCAUUCUUAAGCCAUUUUAUCAGUACUCUGCGACAACGACACCCAGUCACCCAACUACUAAACAUUCGGCAGACCGCGGAAGAGUCGCUACGCAGCUAUGUCACCCGCUUCAACACCGAAGCCCUACAAGUGGAGGAGAAUGAUGACAAAGUCAUCCUCACCGCCUUCAUGGCCGAUUUACACCUAUCUGAUUUCCUUUUCUCCCUUUCCAAAAAUCUCCCGACCACCAUGGCCUCCCUUCUUACCAAAGCCCAAAAAUACAUGAAUGUCGAAGACUUCUUGGCAGCUCGUCAAGACUCCACAUUUAAACUCCCACCCUCCAAGGACAAAAAAAAAGAGCUUGAGUCACAUCCCCCGUAA